AGACAACCAUACAGAAUGACAAAUCCACAGCAACAGAUUCCUUUUGCCUCAUCUAAGAUGUCUCCACCACCACUCUCUCCAAUAAAUCAUUCGAAUGUAAUUCCUUCCAUGAUAGUAAGUGAGAAUUCGCCUACCGAUGAA